AUGUUUACUGAACAUUUAACAUUAAUGAGACGUUUGUCAAAUAAUGAUAUCAAUUCACUAGAUGAUUCAAUAGCUAAACGAUUUUAUUCACAAAUAUUAUCUAGAAUUCAUUAUAAAAUCAAGUGGCUUGAUCUCGAACCAUUAUAUAUGGAACGUAUUCUUCUUGCUGCUGAUUAUCCUAAUUUACAUGGACUUUCUCUUUUCAAUGUCGAACAUAAGACGAUUAUACAGGAGUUAUUCUUGAAUAUCUCCAUCGGUCGUUGUAUUCCUGAUAAAUCGUUUCUUGAUAGAAAUGAUUUGAAAAGAGAUGUUAUCAAUCAUAUGUCAAAAUUAAAUAAAUUUACAUUUAGUAUUCAUUCAAGUUUAAUAAUUGAUGAUUUAAAUGAAUUACCAUCAAACGAAAAUAUUCAAUGUUCAUGUAAAGGUCUCGAAGAUUAUCAAAUUGUUUCUUAUAUCCAUUCUUUUCCAGCUGAGGGUGAAGGUCAAUGUCAUAUUUAUUCACAACCAUAUACAAUGAAUUCUUUAUAUGGACUUACAAAUAGUUUUCCAGGUAGAUUGUUUAACCUAUUUGAUUGGCGUCAAUAUUUGAAUCGACAAAAGACUGAUGCUAAUAAUAAAAAAUUAAAUGAUGAGAUCAAACAUACUACUAAGGAUAUAUCAGUCAGUGUUUUUCAAUUAUUUCGAUUUGCUGAUUGUAUUGAUAUUCUUCUUUUAAUUCUUGGUCUGUGUUUCAUGUUGGGACAUGCAGUUGGUGUUAUCGCGAAUGUAAUUCUUUUUGGUCGAAUCACGGGAUUAUUUGCCACUACAUCAUUUGCUGUUGAUUGUGAUAAUCAAUAUAAAAAUUUAGAAUCUGGAAUUAUCAAUAAUACUUUAUGUCCUCUUGGUAUUAAUCUUGAUCCAUUAAAUUAUGAUCGAUUACAUAAACUAUGCCAUUAUGAUAAUAAAACUAUUUCAUCAACAUUAGCUCCAUUAACGCCUUUGUUUCAUGAAAAUGUUAUGCAUCUAGUUUAUUUGUUCUUCGGUUUCAGCAUUUUUACAUUUCUAAGUUCUUCUCUUGAAUAUAUCUGUUGGACAGUUGCUACGGAACGACAGGCAUCUCGUAUGAGUGUUUUACUCUUUCAAUCACUUAUUCAACGUAACAUGACUUACUUGGAUACAAACCAAACUACUCAAUACAAUACGAAGCUUUUUACUGUAUCAAAUGAAAUAUCAACACCUAUUGGUAUUCGAAAACAAUUUCUUCGUCCAAAAUUCACGCAUGCGAACGUGUCUGAGUCAUCACAAACAAAGAAACGACCAUUAGAAAAAGAAAAUUGUAGCCUUGUGACAUCUACAUCCAAUAAUCAUCAGUCAUCACAUACAAAUGUUGUUAUAAGAGCAACAUCACCAAUGGUAUCGAUUAAACAUUCAGCAGCGUAUCGUUCGUAUCCAAAUACUCGAAAACAUCCAAUUAAUAUUCAUUUAUCGACAACACGUCGACAAAAAAGACUUUCGUAUGUUUGA